CUCAAACAACAGUGACGUAUGCCUUCUGUUCGACCGAGCUUCCUCAGUGGAACGCUCACGCCGUUCCUAUAUCCGUCGUUCACUGAAUCGACACUCAUUACCGUUUCGCGUAGAUGUCCACUGCGUAGACGAUUUCCGCCGCGGGCACGAUGUAGUUCUACAGCCACCAAACAGUCCGACUAUUCACAGCUUAAUCCCACUCCGGACGACUACUCCUUGACGCCCUUCGCCGACCGAGCCAUUCUCACACUGGAAGCUGGUGCUGGCGGCCAUGGCUGCGUCUCGUUUUUGCGCGAGAUGUACACGCCAGAGGGACCUGCCAACGGUGGUGAUGGUGGAAGCGGAGGGAAUGUGUACAUCCAGGCAGUGCGUGGUGAAACAUCACUGCACAAGCUUGCUCGAAGACGUCUCAUUAAGGCUGGAAGAGGCCGCAAUGGACAGGGCAAAGUGAAGGGUGGCGAAAGGGGCGCAGAUGUCCUCAUCAAGGUGCCGAUAGGGACGAUUGUGCGCGAGAUCCAAAGGCGCGACCCCGUUGAAGUGCUUCUUGAGGAGGCAGAGAAAGCUGAAAUGGAGCGAGAGCGGGCAGAAGCGAACGGCGAAGUUGUGGAGGAGGGCGGUUUCAAGAAGGAUAGAUGGCUGGUCUAUCCCGGCACAGUACCUACCGAACUUAACAGGAUGAAGUUUCCUCAACUUCCGAAGCCUCGAAGAUCGCACCUCGUCGCCCUCGAACCACAGUCACCGAUGUGGCUAGACCUCGAUAAGCACAUGGAGACGCCUAUGCUGCUCGCAGCCGGCGCCAUGGGUGGUCUGGGCAACCCUAACUUCAUGACUCCCUUCAACAACAGGCCUAAGAUAGCGACAAAGGGAGAGGAAGGCGUCAAGAUCUCAGUCCAACUCGAAUUGAAGAUCCUCGCAGACUUGGGCUUGGUCGGUCUCCCAAAUGCCGGAAAGAGCACCCUACUUCGAGCCCUGAGCAACAGUCGCGCUCGAGUCGGCAACUGGGCCUUCACCACACUUCAGCCCAAUGUCGGCACCGUCGUCCUCGACAAUCACAAGGACCGCCCCCUAGUCAUGAAGCGCAACAAGCACGGCGAGCUCCGCGAAAGCUUCACCAUUGCUGACGUCCCCGGACUCAUUGAAGACGCACAUCUCGACAAAGGCCUUGGCCUCGGCUUCCUCCGCCAUGUCGAGCGUGCUGCAGUCCUGGCUUUCGUCAUCGACCUCAACGCUAGCGACGCUGUCCAAGCGCUGAAGCUUCUAUGGCGCGAAGUCUCCGAGUAUGAAACUCUUCGCGGCAAGGAGCUCAACGCCGAGACUGAGCGCAGAAUGGUCAUGUAUAAGCCCGCUAACAGCGUUGAAUCCAAGAGCGAAACCGACAUGCUUGAUACACCCGAAUUGAACCCUUCCUUAGAGCCCCUGCCGUUCCUAGCAUCAGAGCCCAUCUCUGCGAAGCCGUGGUUCGUGGUAGCUACGAAGGCAGAUUUGGAGGGUACGCAGGAGAACUAUGAGAAGCUGCAUAAGUACCUGGAGGACGUCAAGAGUGGCGUGCAACCCCAUCCCAGUGGACGCGAGAACGCGUGGAAGAGGGACAUCUCAUCGAUACCUAUCAGUGCGAUCAAUGCGCAUGGUGUGGAGGCGAUACCACAGAUCGUCAUGGAUCUGCUGGACGAUUAG